AUGUAUACCCUUGGUAUUACGUCUCCUGAUUCGACAUGGUACAUGGACACGAAUGUGACGUCCCACAUGACAUCUCAACAAGGCAUUUCGAUAAGGCCUUAUACAAAUAGUAUGUUCCUCUCUCAACGAAAGUAUGCGUAUGAGAUUGUAGACUGUGCAACUAUGUCAUCUUGUAAGUCGUUGACUACGCCGAUUGAUAACACACCAAAACUUGGGGCUUCAGUCUCUUCUACUGUGUUAGAUUCUUCUUUGUACCACAACCUGAUUGGUACUCUACAAUAUUUGAUAUUUUUUCAUCCUGAUAUCACGAAUGCGGUUCAACAAGCUUGUCUAUUCAUGCAUGAUCUUUGGGAGGCACACAUGGCAAUUUUAAAGAGAAUUAUUUGGUAUAUUCAAGGAACUCUUGAUUUUGACAUUCAUUUAUCUCCAUCCUAUGUUACAUUCCUCUUAGCUUAUACUGAUGCUGACUAG